AUGAAGCCUGAAUUCUACUUCAAUGCGUUGCACAAGAGCAACAAUUUCGGAGGCAAGAGCGCAAUUCACUCACCUCCGUCACCUCCGCUCUCUCCAAAACCAGCCACCAGCACCCACACGGGUCCCUUCCCAAGCAGUUUGUCAAUUGAAACCAAUUCGCCCACCUCCGAGGCGUUCAGAACGUCCAGCUCGUCUUCAGAAUCUGAGAAGGACGAGACCUCAGCGCCAGGCCCUACAACCACAGGCCUUCCACUUUCUCAAAAGGAGUUCCCUGUGGAGAAUUUGGUGGACUGCAGAUUGGAGAUCGAUGCCUGGAAAGGGCUAGGCAACCCGGGAUACAAGCGGGCGCAGCUCAACUUUUUGGAGCAGUACGCGACCUUAUCAUCCAACAAGGGCUCGUCGGAUGCGGCCAGACUUAAGGCCCACAGACGCAACCAGGAGUUGAGACGCGCGCAGCAGGUGGCCUCCAGAAGAAGAGUGUAUCAGAAGUCAGAGGAAGAGGAGGACAACUCUGAGCUCGAACGCGUGAGAACCAGACGUUUGAUCAGAGAGUCGUCUGUAUCCGUUAUUGACGGGUUGUCGAGCAACAGACACACAGACGAGGAGCGUUCGACGCCAAAGCCCCGCAAGCGGAAGGUGAAGGGCGACGGAACCCCUACCCCAGCCCCUUCCGCCAUCGACUACAGGUCCGUUGCCGACUUCUGCCCAAGCACAUCCUUGUUGCCGCACGCACGGUGCUUGAAGACAGAGUGGAAAGGCCUGCCGAUGAGCUUGGCGGACGACCCGUUGUUGGCCGAAUUGCAUCCGGCUGAAGUCCAGUUGGCUUCCAUCCUCAGGUUACCAUGCAACUUGUACUUGGACUCCAAGCGUCGGUUGUUCUUGGAAAAGGUCACGCGUAUGCGGAAGGGUUUGUCCUUCAGAAGAACUGACGCGCAGAAGGCGUGUCGCAUCGACGUCAACAAGGCGUCUCGGCUUUUUGCGGCAUUUGAGAAGGUUGGCUGGUUGAACGAUGAAAACUUUGGGCACUUUUUGAAAUAA